AUCGAUCAUCAUCGCAAAGAAUGCAAAAAGCAAACAACAAACAUUUUUGUUUCGCUUGCAUUUGUUGAGCCUUUUCUGGUGUUGUGCGACUACGAGUUGUGCCUUGCUGCUGGAGUAGAGCCGAAGCAAGACAUCCUUGGCGUUUAUUUAGACUGCUAGUGCGGUGCAACGUCAAAAACAAGGAGCUCUCCGUAUUUCUUUCCUUGAUUUUGUUCAAGCAAACCUGCACAGCCGCAAUCACACUGCUUGUAUGAACCCCACGCGUAGGCCAGCACCGUUAGCGGCAUAGAACACAUUGCUGGCGGUGUGUGUUCGUGUCCACUUCCGGAAUGUCCGAUCCUGGGUCGCGCUCCGCUAGCCCUAGUCCGGCGGCUGCCGCGACACAGAAGCGCACGUACCGUCGCCGACCUAGCUCCAGCCCGUCUGACCGGGAAGCAGCCGAUGCGACCAAGAAUGCCAGCCGUCGUCGCCGUCGCUCAGAAUCUCGUUCCCCGUCGUCCCGUUCCCCUUCACCGGCGGCGCCACGCCGCGGCAGCGUGAGCAAAUCCGCUCGCCGUGACUCCUCCGUGUCUCCGCGCCGCCGACGCAGUCCCUCGCGCAGCGCUUCGCCACCGGCGCCGAAGCGACGCAGGAGUCCAUCUCCCCGUAAACGUAGUAGCCCUUCUCCGCGCAGACGUACUAGCAGAUCUCCACCGCCGCGCAGGCGAGACAAUAGCAGCAGAUCGUCUCCGCGCCGCCGAUCGCCGCCUCGCUACCGCCGGCGCAGCCCGUCACCACGGCGACGCUCUCCUGCCAGGUAUCGCAGCCGAUCACGCUCUCCCAGACGUCGCUAUUCUCCCGUCAGACGACGGUCUCCACCUCGCUUUGGCUAUGGACGCAGGCGUUCCCGAUCACGCAGCUUCUCGCCCAGGGAUCGAUACAGAAGCCGCCGUAACCGCUCUCCGCGUCGGCGUCCCAGCCGCUCUCGCUCCCGUUCACCACUUGAUUCACGCCGAGGCGGUGGCCGAUCGUCGUCAAGAAGGUCGCGAUCGCCAGCACCGCGUAGACGCUCCUCUCCGCGUCAGCAGCGCCAGCGCAGGACGAGAUCGUCGUCUCGCUCGCCUGCCAAGCGGAGAUCAGCUAGUCCUAAGCCGACUCGCAGCGACUCUGAGAGCGAACGACCUGCAGAUAAGAAGAAGGCGCGCAACCAGUCCUCCUCUCCUCUACGCAAUGGUCGCCCUUCGGUGCGGGCAAGUGCGGAGAAGUCUCGCCGAAGUCGCUCGCGAAGCGCUAGCGACAGCAGUCGUGUGAGUGCCAGGAGCAGUGGUCAUUCAGACCGUGAGCCAUCUCCGGAUGUCGCCGCGCCCAAACAGCGCCAGUCCUCUUCUCCUGCACGACGUGUUGUAGUCAUCAGCAAGAAAGAGGCCGAACAAGUUGCCGCCAAAUCCUUGGAAAGACACCAGUCGCGCUCGCCAUCCAGGGAUAGGGAUGCGUCCGCAAGUCCAUCUGUGGAAAGGUCCCCCUCACCCACUACUACCGCUCCAGCUCGUGACAGCAAGAGCAAAUCGCCCGAGGCUUCUCGAAGAUCAGCAUCGCCCGCGGAUCGAUCACGAGAACGUUCCCCGUCGCCAAGAGGCCAUGCUCGUAAAUCGCCCUCGCCUGCACGCCGCUCACCCUCUCCGCGCCGCAGGUCUCCAUCACCACGGCAACGGCGUAGAUCGCCCUCUCCAGUGCGCCGACGCCGAAGCCCAUCGCCACCACGAAGAAGGAGGAGUCCGUCACCACGAAGACGGAGGAGUCCAUCACCACGAAGACGGAGGAGUCCAUCACCGCGGAGACGUCGAAGCCCGUCGCCGCGGAAACGCCGAAGCCCAUCACCUCGCAGGCGACGAAGUCCAUCACCGCGGAGACGGCGGAGUCCGUCGCCACGCAGACGCAGGUCUCCAUCACCGCGCUACCGUCGUCGCUCUCCAUCACCGCGCCGUCGACAACGCUCCCCGUCUUUGUCACCGCCGCCACGUCGUCGACGUGAUCAGUCUCUUUCUCCGCGAGGGAAAUCCCCGUCGCGUAGCCCGUCCCCUGUUCCACAGUCAAAGUCACGCCGGCAACACUCUUCCUCACCGUCGCCAGUACCUGCCGCUGCCAUUGUCCAGGCCAAGAAGCGACCGCGUGAUCCAUCGCCGUCGCCAUCUGAUGGUUCCGAUAGCGAGAGGAAGGGUAGCAGCAGCAGCAAAGCCAUUGCGACACAGUCUGACGACGGAAGCGUGUCGAACGCGUCCGAUGACGACGAGGGUCGCGAGCCGGACAAGAAGCGCGCUCGCAAGUCACACAAGCACUCGCACAAGCACCGCCACCACCACAAGAAGAAGAAGUCGAAGAAGCACCGUCGCCACAAACGGCACAGCGACAGCUCGGACGCCAGCGACGACGACAGUGACGACGCGUCGGAGCGAGACGACUCGUCAUCUCGCGGCAGCCGUCGCGGCGGCGGCGACAAGGAGAAAGACAAAGGUGUCAGCAAGGGAAAGCCGAAGAGCAAGAAAGCCAAGAAAGCCAAGAAGUCCGCCAGGAAGAAGGAGCCGAAAUCCAAGAAGACCAAGAAGACUAAGAAACGACGUCGUGCUCGUAGCUCUUCCUCAUCGUCGGUGUCCUCUGGCGAGAGCGACUCCUCGUCCGUUGCCAGUACUGGUCAUGGUGAAGGUGUUGGUGACGUUGUUGGACCGGCUCUACCGCUUGCACUUACCCAGCCAGCACACACCAGUCCAGAAGUGAAACGACGAUCGCUUGGUCCCAUCUCCAAAGCCAGCCAUGACGAAGCGGAGAGCGUGGUCAAACGGGUGUAUGACGAAGAAACCGGCCGAACAAGAUUAAUGAAGGGCAGUGGAGAGAUCUUGGAGGAGAUCGUGAGUCGUGAUCGGCAGAAAGCCAUCAACAAGAUCGCGACGCAAGCUGACGGAAAGUCGUUCCAGCGGGGACUUUAUAAGUAGACCGUCGUCGCGGCAUGGAGUAGUAAUAUUAUCACUCCACGGUCAGCCUGGCAGUGAAUCCAUGGUCCAGUGAAAUCGGCUGUGCAUUACCGUUGGCGACUAUGAGUAAGUACGUAUACCGUCCCCAUGCUUUCACUUGCUGAGGCCUAAGGUCUCCUAGCUCCACUUCAACUUCCAGUACACAAUCAUUACAAUAGUUGCAAACAACUUGACCUACUAGCAGAGUGAAGCUUCUUGAAAGCCCCUCAUGCACAGACCGAAACAUCCUUCACCACGCACAUUUCAAUGUAGGUGUUUGAUUGUAGCCGAGAGGUGCAUUUGUGCAUUUAGUUCAGUCCUCUAAAAAUACCUAGCUUCUGGACCUUUCCAUACCAUUUCGGCACCAUGAAAGUAUUCAGACACCCCCCCCCCCCCCUCCCACACAUCUUCUCCGAAAAAUCUCCGCGUAGACUUCCGUGUAAGCAUUUGAAGUUUCUUCUCACGAUGAAAGCACUCACAUGUAUUCUAGGUAAGAAAUCCAUGCACAGGAGUUUGACAUUUUUGUUGUUUUCACACAUCAUGGGACUAGUGCGAUGUCUCUUAUUUUGUACUGCAAAUCACAUUGAAUGUGAGUGUAGUGCAAAAUGAAUGUCAUUUGUUCUACACCAGCAUUUGUACUACCGUGACAUGUAGUAAUCCCUAUACAUGUACAGACCUUGGCGACAUGCAUUGCCAGCUGUUUGUGUUGCCUUGCUUUUGCGACCCUGCAGGCCUGGUUCUCCUACCCCGGCCUCAGGUCCCUUUUGGCCCCCUUUGCUUUCUCUUCGUUCAGUUCAUGUUGCUCUUGUCGUUUCUUCUUGCCGUUCUGCA